AUGGCAGGAGAGACUCGGCGAACGCAUGCUGUCAAAGAGCUGGGCGCUGAGUCCAAACUGCAGGAUGAGGGGACAGCAGUGCAACAGCAGAGUGUCAAAACCACAAAGGAGUCUUCAGAGCACUUUUCAAACACAAACACUGAUGCCAGAGCCAGCAGCAGAGGCCCCAAGCUUGAAAAAGUAAAAAAGGAACGUGACGGUGCUCAGCAGCGUGAGGCUGUAAUCCGGCCACAGCAGGCAGGCAAGAUUGACUUCAGAUCAUUGCAGAACAGAUCAAAGUUUGCCAUUGACGGAACCUGGUCCAGUGGCAAAGGAAGUCCCCAGUCACCAAGUGGAAAGGGACGGGGCAGAGAGAAGAACAAGCGGACUGGAAAGUCAGAGCGCGGCAACCCACAGCACCUGUACAGUCUCAGCAUUACCAACACCCGCUCGAACCUCAACAUUGGGAUUGCCUACCCACUCCAGAAGGUUUCACCAGCAACGAAACUGGACACCAGCGGUGGCCAAGUCUCAGGCAGCUACAGAUUCCACACUCCCAGUAUACCAGAGAGAGAGGUUGAAGUACAGCAAGAAGACGUCAACUACGGCCGCAGUUUCCAAGAGGCCUCCUUGAACCUUACCUCUCCAAGCUAUACCUCACAGGCACUGGGAUCUGCAAGUGGGGCAUCAUCCCACCCACAUCUCCCACUGACGCAGAAACAGCAGCCUGCCACAAUGGAGAACAACAGCGCACAGUUGGGCGGCCAGCUGAUCCUGACUGACUUUCAGCUGAAUGCCUCAAACACCUGGCAGUCUCCGGAGAGGACUUUUAAUGGUGCUAACUAUGCUUCAUUGCAAAAAUCCACUGCUCUGACAGACAACAAGACAAAUGCCCUCGUGCCUGGCUCAUUUCAAUAUGGAUAUAAUUUUCUGGAAGAGUCAACCUCUGACUCUUUUCCCUGUCAACAGAGUCAGCAAUCCCAAGACUUUACAGACUCCUCCCACGGUUCUGUUCAUGGGACUCAUAAUUCAUUUUCCUUUUUGCCUGUAGAGGGGCCAAACCUUGAUCAAAACAGCACUAAAUUCAGUAAUGAACAGCAGCCGGAGCCCAGGGGCUCUUAUCCUCACAGCCAGCAGUCGCAAUUUCUUCAAGGGGUUGCGGCCUCCAUUAAAUGCCCCAGGAAACUGAGUGAGGACUCGACCAGCACUGACAGCUGCGCUUCCAUCUCGCAGCAGCCGGAGCAGGGAAAGAAUGCCCUGCCAGAGAGCACACAUGGUCUUGGACAGGUUGAUGGUAAGGAUGCAACCAUUGGCCCGGGGAGCACAAGGAACUGUCACCCGAAAGACACAACUGCCAACCAAAGAACACAAGCGAGUGUGCACCACACGAGAACUCUUCCGCACACACAAAUGCACUUUCUUAGCAAAACGUUAAACACUUCAACGGGCAAUCGCUCGGUGCAAUUUGAUAAAAAUAGCAAUAAUAACAUUGUAAAUGGGUUACCGCACACCUGGGAGGGGCCAGGUAAGACUUUUUUACCAGUGGAGCAAAACACAGUUCAGUACAGUGAUGUGACUGACAAGUUUCCAUUUCAGAACCAGUCCACACCUGACAAAAGGCUAUCGAAAGACAACAGAAUGCAGUGGCCGAGACUGCGGCCAGCAGCCGAGUUGACUUAUCAAAGCAAAAUAUGCAAUCAGAAAGUUUCCUUCUUGGUUGCUCCUUCUGAAUGGCAGGAUGAUAACAAAUCACAUCAAAACAGCUCGCUCAAAGCCCCCAGUUCAUUUCAAAGCAGCAGAAAUGGUGAAGGUUUUGCGAACCAAAGGCAGGAGGCUGUCAAACAGGUCUCAACGUUCAAAGUAGAAAUGAGUCACGCGCAACUAUGCGACUCAAAAAACAAGGCUUUGUAUUUCGGGCUCAGCCAAACUAUUCCCGUUUCAUCGUCCAGGAGCUACAGCUAUUCGCCGUUGCAAGUUGCACCCAUGGGCCUGAUGAUGGUGUCACCUUAUGAAUCCCCUUUGCCUUCGCCAGCUCAUACCCCUGCAGCUAGUAGUACCUGUUCCUCCCUCUCCCCAGCAUCCGCCAGCCCAGUCAACACCUCUGAGGAAAGUCAGAUGUCAAAGUCAGGUGCCCCCGUCCCGUUUUAUCAUCAGCCCCAGUCCAAAACCCAGUUAGCUCCCGAUCACCUCAGCACACAGCCCCAUCAGUUUCAUGCCGAAGGUCAAAGAAACAUUCCUUACGCACCAGACAGAGACAAAGACAACAUGAUGGGCUACCUGCACAUCAGCACUCACGCAAAGACGGCAAUGGAUGGUAGCAAAGCUUAUAUGGAUAGUUAUGGUAUGGAGCAUCACCAGCCUCCCCCGCCUUACUCCGCACAUCAGCUGUUCGCCAAUUCAUUAACCACAGCAAAUCUUGACCAGUUGGAUGUACUUCUGACUUGUAAGCAGUGCGAUCAGAAUUUCAGCAAUGUUGCUUCUUUUCUGGGGCAUAAGCAAUACUGCACACAGCCCAACAUGCCGAAGCUCGAAGACAAUCGGAAGUUCCACACAGAACCAGCAAAAGCAGUGUCAUCUCCGCCAAAUGUUUCUCUGUCAAGAUGCCCUUCUGACCUUCAUCUUUCUUUGUUGGGCCUGAAUAAGAAUGGCGAGCUGAUAUCAGACAAUGACGCAAAGGUUGACAGCAAGGAUGAUCCAAUGAAACUUAACUUGUUCUCCGGGUCUGCCAACCUCCCCGUUGCGCUCCCUGAACUGGAAAUGGAGGAUGCCAAGUUAGACAGCUUAAUUACAGAAGCGCUGAAUGGACUUGGGUAUCAGUCAGACAACGCAGAGAUUGACAGUAGCUUUAUUGACGCUUUUGCCGAUGAUGACCUCAACACUGUCAAAGCGACAUCCAACAAACAGUGCGUGAAAACAAAAGAAUCUGUCGCAAUUGAGAACAAAGACGAACAAGCAGCCCUCGACAGCAGCUCCUCCAGACAGGAAAAAUCUUUUUACGAUUCAGAUGUUGAGAGCCCCAAGGGAAAUAAAACAUUGGGCGACAAACCUGCGAAAACACCUCCUAACUUUGUACGCGGUCAGAAAAAAAAAAACACGAAAAAGGAGACCUCUCCGAAAAUUCCCAAAACCGCCACAAGGGAGAAGAUGAAGGAGCAUGAGAGUAACGUGAAGGAGGCAGGAAAGCUGGGUAAAAGUGACGACGAAAGUACAAGUACCCCAAGAGUUCUCUUAUCCAGCGGGUUCUCUGAACGCUGUGCUUUUAAAAGCUUCCAGGACAGACCUGCACUUGGAGCGGCAGCGCCCAUUCAAACCUCCACAUCUCCAACCCCGAGGACUGCGGUGAAAGAGGGCAAGAGGCGAAGCACUGGAGGUGGCACCUUGAGCAAAGAGCUCAUCCAUAAAAUAGUGCAACAAAAAAAUAAGCUCAAUGUUAAAGGCAGCAAAAACCUCCAGUUUUCCUUAGUGAUGGAAAAACUGACGCACGCUGCACAGAACCCUGCAUUUGGAGAGUACGACUAUGUUUCAGACUCAGACGAUGAGUGUGAGCCAGUCAAGAUAGCCAGCCAGGGCCGACUCAACCAAAGUAGUCGGUGUAAAUACACAUACACCAAAGAGUGUAAAUGGCGAGCUCGGAGCGAGAGGGACCAAGCAGCGUGGAGGCAUGACUCAAAAGAGUGUUUUGAGGUGAAGAAAAGUGAGGAGAUUACUCUUUCAUCUGAAAAGCAGGAUUCCCCUCAGAGACUCAAGAGGAGGGGUAGCAGGUCAUCCACAAGCAGUGAAAUCAGCACUUCUGUGAGUGUUUCAAGCGACAGCGUGAACAGCCCCAAAAGCAUUGACCGCAUCGAAUCAGACUGUGAGAGAAAGGCCGACAUAAACAAAAAAGAAUCUUGCGAGCAAAAGAGCCAUAAAAGCUCCUCCCAACAGAAGGCGUGCAGCGAGACCAGCACACCAGCACUGGCAUUCACCAAAUCUUUGAAGAGGCGUAACGAUGACAAAGCCGGUCUCUUUGACAACAAAGAGCGUACAGACAGCUCGAAAAACUCACUUCCACGUGCAGAAAUUGUUGACUCGCUGCCAUCCUCAUCAGUCGCAGAGUUUGAAAAAAGAAGCGAUAUCAAAUCAAGAGAGCUGAGCCAAGAAAAUAUCCCAACAGUCAGUUUGUGCACAAACCCAUUAGAAAGCACGGACAAUUUGUGCCCCAAAGAAGAACAAAGCCACUUUGGCGGUACAGAUAACAAAUCAGCCUUGCAUUUUAUUUCACGCUCGCCCACUAGCAACAAAGAAACAGAUUCCAACGUUGACAAAAGUAAAAAGGGCAAAAAGAGACAGCGGCCCCGUUCCAAACAUGCAGAAAUGACAGGGAGCGCUACGUUUGAAAAACAGAGUGACGUUGUGCACGUGGCAAAGGAGACGACGGCGAUUGCUCUGGCAAAUGAGCUAGACGUGAACAAACCCGUGACUCUUUGCCCCUCCCUCAUUGAUGAAGUGUGCCUUUCACCAACCCAAAGCCAAAAAGAGUCACUCCACCUCAUACCCUACCCCCUGGAUCAGGAUCAGGGGCUCAUGAAGUCUCCUCUCACAUUUGACACCUCGUCAAUGUUUGGCGACCUAGCAGCAUUCGACAGUGGCCUUUACACUGACAUGCCGAUUCAGAAAGAGGGUUUCCAUUCAUUGGAGAGCUCAGUUGACAAAAAAGAAGAAUUUGUGCCCUCGUUUUCUCCAUUUCUGGAACAAAGAGACUGGAACCUCAUCGUAAGCCCAGUGCUACCGGAUGACAUUUCUCAGUACAAAGGCGAUUUGGAAAAAUCCGGCGAAAAUAAAUCAGAUUACAGUGAUGUGGCUUUGUCUCUGCCAGAAAAAAUAAUUGACUACAGUGCAAAUCUUAACAGCUGCGCCUCCGAGGAUGAGUUGGAAAUCAAGCGAAUCGUAAACGAGCUUGAAAACCAGCUGCAGACGACAAAGUUGGAAACUCCACUCAGCCAAGAGGACCCAAAGCCACUGCAAAUGAGCAAAUUCUCACCUUUGCGGCUAAGUGAAGAGUCGGAAAAUGAUACCAUCGACGCACCAGUGGCUUCGGAGCCCUUCAAUGAACCAGAACUUCCGUGGAGCAGUCCAUUCCACUUCGACCUGGUGAGUGGACACCACAGUCCCCACAGUAGUAUUCACAGUGAGCCAGGAACCCUUGAGGAUUAUGCCAAAAAAGGGGGCGACGCCUCAGAUGUAAUAACAGUGACCCCACAACUCCAUAAUGACCACAAGGCAGAGGAGAGAAAUCUCCAAAAAGACACUGCUGUUGAAACAAAAGAGGAUGUCUUACAGAAGAACCAAUACACAAAAAAACUGAUGAAAAGUAUCGAGGUCAUUUCUGACUCUCUAUUCGAAAGCGAAUCCAUCAUAUCACAACACAGGAAGCCAAAUGCCACGUCCCUCACAAGUCCACAACAAGAAAGUGAGUGUCAUUCAGCAAAGGGAGAUCACAGUGCAAAGGAGGCAAUUACCGAGAAGCAGAAUAUAUUUUCACCUUCAAAUAUCAAGGAGCAGAAAGACGAUAUUGAAUUCAUUCUCAAAGAAUCACAGUCAUCUCUCCCUCACAGUGCUGACCACAUAGUCUAUGUAAACCAGCAGAUUUCAUCUGAGCCAAGCGAGCCCAGCAAAAACAGCAUCAGCAAGGCCGAGAUGGACUUAAUUACAGAUGGGCAUUUACAUGUACCUGAGACAAAUACGCUGAUUGCAUCAUCUCAUCCCUCGAGCGCGGUGGAUGCUCAGGCAGACAAGGACACUUGCACAGACAAAAAUGGGAAUCGGUCACCUCAGAAUGAUGGCCCACCUCAUUUGACAGACAGUUAUCAGGAUGCAAAGGUACAUAUUCCUUCAUCAGCAACUCUCCUUCAAUCCAGUGUCGACAUUCACAAGUCACCAGAUGUAAUAGCCUACGGUGAUGAAUUGGAAUGUGGGCAAGCCGAAAGUAGCAUUGACAAUGCACAUUGUUUCGUUGACGUUCACAAUGUUGGCCCAAAUCCUGAUUUAUUAGUGGACAUAAUCACCACAGAUAAGCCCUGCAGUCCAAUUCUUGGGGAAAGUAACACCGAAAGUACCCAGAAUGGCUUAACAUUUCAAGGCAUCCAAUCAAUGGGACAAAACAGUCUGUUAGUCCUAAAACAGAUGGAAAGCCUCAAUAACACUGGUGCUGCAAAUUAUCCCUGUGAGGCUCCCCAGGUUCAUGACUCUUUGAAAAGUGACUCAAAUCUGCCAUUCAAUGCAAUUCACAAAAAAGGGGAUAUUUUAGAUGUUCACGACAUCAAAGGAGAUUUGCCUGUGGACUUCAUGGCAAGCCACCUGAAUUCACCAUGCAGAGACGGAGUAGAUGGAGAUCAUUGUACCUUGCUGCACACCUCUUUGCCAAUCAGCCCAGUUUUAACACAACAGCAGGAAAUGGACAUUCAAGACGACACACAUCAAACUCAAUGUCAUAGCUCUGUUGACCCAAGUCCAAGUCAAAGAACAAGAUUACCUGAUGCCAAGCCUGAAUACCAAAAGGAGUUUAUGGACUGUGCCACGAAGACAACAGUCGAGAUGGAUUGUUCAUUAAAUAGUCCACCGCACCUUGAACUUCCUAACCUUGACCCCCACAUCCAUUUUCCAAAUCCUGGAUCCGUCAGAGUUGAGCAAUCACAAAGCUUUGACAACAGCGAGCCUUCUCAUGAUUUCAAGCUGAGUCCUCUGAACUACAAGAACAACUCAGAUGAGCCUCCGCAACUGACUCAAUACGACUACAUUCCGAUCUCACCGGCGAGCAAGUCGGAUGGCAAUCCCUACACAAAACAGGGUCACAGCGAUGAUCAUGACCAAUGCUUUACUCCAACACUGAUUUUUAACCAACCACUCACUGACACCACGUUGUCGCUGAACCCCGCCGAGGAAAAUGAAAUAAGUUCAUUACAUGAACCACUGGUUAUAAAAGACAUAUGUUUGGGUCUUUCGGCUGAACUCCAAAGCGCAGAUUCCCCGGCCGGUAAUGUAAAUGAAGAAGUGGAGGCGAGGCCCCAUUCCUGUGAAUCUCUCAAAUUGCCUCUUCGAAAGGCCGAAUCAUCAUUAGCAGUGGCAGAAUGCAGUCUACUUCCCAUUCAAGACAUUUCAAGUUGUCUGCUCACCCCUAAGUCACUCAUCCGCUGUGAAAAUGGACCAUUAUCAGAACCCCACCUAUGUUUGAAAAAAGAAACCUCACCAAAAAAGGUUCAGAACAACCGGCAGCAGGGGAAAGUACUUUGUGAAAUCUGUUUCCUGUGUUUCAGGACAGUGCCAGGUUUGAAGAGACAUAAGGCCAUGAAACAUGCAGCCAAAAGUGAAAAGCCAUUUGGCCAACCAAGCACAACAUCAGGCAAUCAGGGAAUGUCGCUUAUUUAUGAAGCACCUCAAACUGGAGAGAAGAAACAUAAAAAUGACUCACAGCCAUCCCCGACCCAAAUAGAUCAAAUGACAGAGACUACCACCAGCCCAAUAUUGAAAGUGUCCUCGAAUGAGUCAGCCGCGGAGGAAAUGGCAGUCGAGGGGAGUGCAGUGGCAGCAGAUGAAAUGGGCAAUCAAAAUUCUCUCCUGCCAACCAAAACAAAAAAGACCAGCAAAGCUCGGAAGAACAAAAAUAGUGAGGAAAACUCGAAGCUUGACCCGUUCUCAGAUGAGCUUUUGAAUAUAUUAAAAACAGACCUCCUCCAGGCUAUAACUCCUGAGUUUAAAAGCAAUGUGCUGCUCGAGCAAGAAAAGCCUGACAGACAUGGAACUGGAACAGAGCAAACACUUCUCAGUCUGACUUCAAACUUUGGCUCUGAGAAUACAUCCCAAUCUCCAACUGAAGAGACAAAUGUUCUCAGUGAAACUGCAGGAGUCAAUGGUGUCACAGAUACAGACAAGAGUUUAUGCACAGACCUGAGUGAGGAGGUUGAAGGGGGCGUAUGUGCAAAUAAUGACCCAUCGAUAGAGGAGAAUAUGACCACAAAACACCACACAUCCACAAAGAGUCUGUGUGCUGCUGCAGACGAGAGCGAUGAACAUGGACAAUCUGAUGAGAAACUUGCCCAAGACAUUCUUCGAAAGGUGGCGGUCGAGGUCAAAUUUGAGGGAAACGACGUCGCGUCAGACAAGCUCCAUCCACUCGAUUGUUUGACUCCGCCUCCUCUCACUCCUCCCGGCAUAAGUCCUGAUCUGAAGGCCCUACUUGACAAUGACACCAUGUUCUCACAACUGUUUCCUAGAGACGAAGAGGCAAAAAGGAAAAAGUGCCCGCGAGUUUAUGGAAAAAGAAAUAAAAGACAGAAGCUUUUAUCUGAUCUGGAUGUUACUCGGGACUGCACCCCUGCACCAGAAACACACAAUACAACCCCUCACUUGGAGAGCCAAACAGAGAAGACGCUCAGUGACAAUCGCACAGCCCCGUGUGAAUAUGAGACGAUAUCUAUUGAUGACACCAUCAUGUUAAACAUGUGUCACAACAAUGCGCUGAAAAUCCCUGAUGCAAAGACAAUGCCUGAUGGUCAACAAAAUGAUCAAGAAGACCUCCAAAACAACCCUUUGAAUCCAUUUCAAAGCACAGUCGCUCAAGCUACUGUUGAGUGGAGUUGCUCUCAGGAUUUCGAUGUGCUGAACGCAGACUCCACGGUGGCGUCUGAGCCAAUGACCAAUCAAGCAGAGGCAUCAAAGCCAGCUUGCUCUCUGCCCCUCCAGGACAAUGCUUACACUGCGGAGCAAUGUGUCACAGAGAGUGCUCAUAAUCUCCACAUUGAUAUUCAAAACAUCAGCACGACCUUUCAGCUACCUGAAAUUCAGUUCUUCGACUCUAGCAAAGAUAUCUCUGUGGCUCCCCCGGCCGCAUGCGCCAACAUGGGGAACAAUGACGAAAAAUCGAAAAAGCUAAUGGAACGGCGAGGUCGAAAGCGGCAAGAAGGUGGUGCAAAGGUUAAAGAUAAGCAGUACAAGUGCAAAGUUUGCUUCACGUGGUUUCUGACUCUUGGCGAGCUCAACUUUCACAAGUUGUCCCAUAAUCCGUCACCUCCGCCCACCUGCUACAUGUGUGUCCAACGCAAGUUCAGCUCCAGGGAGCAGUUGCGAGACCAUCUGUGGGAGAAGCAUGCAAAGAACAAAACUGGCAUUUGGACCUGCGGAAUGUGCUUGAAGGAGAUCUCGGAUGUGUGGAUGUACAAUGAGCAUUUACGAGAGCAUGCCACUCAGUUUGCUCGCCGGGGUCAGACUCAGGGCUCCAUGUUGACCAUUCCAGGCUGCUUCAUGCAGGAAACCGCUGUGAAGAACUUCAUCACCUCCAUAAUGCAGCAUCGGCCCAGCAAAGCCAGCAAAGAGACCAGCAAAGCCACUAAAGAUCAAGAAAAGACAGUUGUUGCAAACGGCAGCUUGGAAGCAAGCAAAACCUCAGACGGGGCUGAGCGAAAGCUCAGCAAAUCUAGAGGCAGCAGUGGUGGAGGAGGCGGCAACAAGAACACGCUGACCCCACUUGAGGUCCUUCACAAAACGGAAGCCCCGAAAAAUGUGGAGAUGCAUCCCAAUUGCAAGGAUCCCUCCAGAGACUGCCACCACUGUGGGAAGCGGUUCCCUAAACCCUUCAAACUUCAGCGACACCUGGUGGUUCACAAUUUGGAGAAGAUUUUCCUGUGUCACAAAUGUCCCGUCUCAUAUCAAGAGGCCCACGACCUCAAAGAGCAUCUGAAGGUAGCACACAAGGAAGCGGACGAGGUGGACUUCAAACACACCACCCUCUACACCUGUGAGCUGUGUGCUGAUGUCAUGCACGUGAUUAAAAAGUCUUUCAUCUGCAGCACCUGCAACUACACCUUCUCGAAGAAGGAGCAGUUUGAUCGCCACAUGGAAAAACACCUGUCAGGGGGGAACAAAAUCUUCAAGUUCCGAGGCGUUCACAGGCCCGUCAAAGCAUCUCUGUGCAGGGAAGAUGAAUGCGAUUCCCCUGCAAGUAAAAAGAGAAGGAUUCUCUCCGACAGUCUGCAGGAGAAUAGCACCGACAGUGGCAUUGCCAGUGUGGGCUCGCUGCACCUAAAUCAAGCCUUGGAAACACAGAUUCCUAAAGCGGCUGUGCCCGUGCUCGAAUCGACUGUGCCCAUGCUGGAUGACUCCACACAGACCACCACGAAUGACUACCAUAGUGACACAAACAGCACCAAUGUGAAGACUGAGGACAUUGCUGAGGAUUACUCCGAUCUCCUGGUGGAGCUGGAGAAAUGUAUUUCGUUGGGCUCCACAUCUGCCGCCCCUAAGGAAGAGGAAAUCGACGCAACGUCCGCAACUCAUCUUCACCGAGGAGUUGAUGGAGAAUCGACAAGCGAACCAUGUGAUGUGAAAGAGGAGUCUGUGUGCAUUCGAGUGGAGACCCCCCAGUGGUCAGCUUGUCAAGAGAGAAGUGGCGAAAGGGAGGAGACCACUCUAUUGAAUGACAUCUCGUCUUACGGUGACACCGAAACAAAUGAUUCACUUCUAACAACGAAAGACUCUCUCAGCAUCCUGAGAGAACAGCAAGUCACUGCAAAGAUACCCGAGUCGCUACUCGCAGCCGACGUGAUGGCCGAGAAUUCUCCACCCAGAGCUGUCAGCGAACAACAAGCUUCAUUUAAUGGGACCGAACAGAAGGACAAACUCCGAGCGAGUGACAACUCUAAACCCAGCAUGAAGGCGACAUCCUCAGCAUCCAAUGAGGCGAAAGAACCCCAGAGGUCACAGAAGAAGAGGAAGGACGUCAAAUCGCCGCACAGCAUGCAGACAGUUUCCUUCCCGGCAACUCAGGAGAACUUUGGGAUGGACUCAAAGGUCAAAAAGAAGUACCACGCCAGCAAGUAUUUGAAUCCCUCCACGCAAAGAAAAUUUGACAGCCCCAACGACUACCCUGUUCUAGCUACAGUGCGGGAUGAUGUUGUGAGCAACAAGAUAGUAUCCAAGUGCAAGACAUCGACCUUGGGCUUGCAGUUGAAACGAAGUUUGCUUGAUAGCUGUACACCAAAGAAAGCUGACAUUGCGGCCCCUCAUAACGGGGAUUACAAAAACAAAAAAGGAGCUGUGGGGAGGCCCCUGCACACCUCCAUUUCUCGAGUGUCUUCUGUCCCCAUGAACAAUUCCUUGAACAAGUCCAGGACGAAGCAGGGGGUUAGGUCAAUAGAGAGCCACUCCUACAGGACAGCAGAGUCCCAAAACCACCUCCUAAGCCAGCUCUUUGGCCAGAAACUCACAAGCUUUAAGAUUCCUUUAAGGAAGGACACGUCCGAAUCUAUUAACUGAGCGGACAUUGAGGGACCUGUGAAUUAAAAACUUUUUUUUUUAAUUUCACAGUUCUUAAGAUUUUAUACUUAAUUCAUGAUGGUGAAUGAGAUUGCACAGCUCUUUUCUGUGAAAUGCUAUCUUUAAUACAUAGUCACUUUAUGUCUUUUUUGUACAUGCGCUUGUAUCACACAAAUGUGAGGACAAAUGCCAGAUAUAUAUGUAAUUUUGUUUUUGCUAAAAGAAUGAAAACAUUAUCCAGAAAAACCUUUUCUGCUUUUGCUUUGAUAUAUAUACAUAU